UACCGUUGGGAAGAACAUCUUACCUCAUCAGACGGAAGGUCGAACUUCACAUAGAAGUGAAAGUGGAAGAUUGACUUUCACUGCAUUUUAUUAAACAGAAAAGGAAGAAAAUGGAUUUCUUCAAGGAGCACGUCCAGUUUCGCUUAAAAAACGCGUUACUGACAAAAGCGUAUCGAAUGAAUUUGCUAACGCUUGAAGUGCUCUGCGCGUUUUGCAUCGUUCCAUUCAAAAUUUCCUGGGAGGAGGAAAAGGUUGUCGAAGUGCGGGGCAAGUUGAGACGAACUGUGACUAAAUGUCUGUACCUGUUUCAUUUGGGGAGGACGGUCCAUUUUCUGGUUGGGUUUGGGUUGAGGAUGGCGGGGCUGCAGGUGGGGCCUUCGGGGGAAUAUGUCAUGUCGGACAAGCUGCUGGAUUACGGGUGGCUGGGUCCUAUCUUGUGCACGAUCCUUUUUCGAUUCGAGUUGACGAGGAAGUCGAAAGAGACGGUGGACAUGAUGAACGAGGCGCAUAAGUUGGAGAGGGAGGCGGAAAAAGAGGGUUUGAAUACCGUCUACACGAAAGGAUUUUUCGGCAAGGCGUGGCAAGUUUACACGUACUCGGCUUAUUCCUGCGUAUUCUCAGUCCCCAUGGCGGCCGGGAUGUUCUCGAUGUUACACCCGUGUGAACCCGCCUUUAUUUCGUGGCAAUUCCUCCCCUGCAAUUCGACCACGUGGGUCCCAUCGACUGACCUGGAGCACAGAAUUAUCUUCACUUCUGGCGUCAUCGAGACCUUUUUCUGGUAUCAGAUCAUCUCUGUUGGAACCUUGGGGAAUUUGGCAACCAUGUUUUAUCUGGCACUCUCCUUAAAGACAUUUAUGGUCAGGGCGGCAAAAACCAAGGUCUCCUCCUUCGGCGAGGUGACGCUUAACUACUAUCGCCGCUAUCAAGUGUACGGAACGCUAAUGAACUACUGCAUGUCACAUGUCAUCACACCCGCCAUGAUAUGCUCCUGGACGUCCAUCCUCAUCUUGGGCUGGUACACGUUGCUCCGCUACUUUGGGCGGGUGUCCUUCGCCCUAUCCACGAUCCACGCUCAACUUGCCCUCAACGGGAUGAUUUGCCUCCUCACAGAAUUCAAAAGUGCCGGCGAUGCGCAUGAAGCUUCGUUAAAUUUACUUUAUGAUUGGCGCUAUUCGAUCGGAAAGAGCAAGAAUUUGAAGUUGUCGAAGCGAUGGUUGAAAAGUUGCGCCCCGCUGAAAGUGCGGGUCGGUGCGACCAACUAUUUCGAAAAAAGUACGCCCAUGGUCAUUGGAAGUCUUUGUGUGGAACAAGUCAUAAAUCUGAUUAUGGCAGAGGCAAAAUAAGUUAGAAAAAAUAUUCUGAAAAUAGCUGCUUGGU